AUGAAGCCUCCAGACUUUAUGGACGAGCCCUCGAGGAUACAUCGUCAGGCCGCUAACGCCGCCAUAGGGCCACAUAUAAGAAACGUGGUCGGCUACAAGCGGGCCGGUGGGCGAGGGCGCUGGGGACCGGGGACUAACCAGAGACGUGUGCCCGCGCCCGGGCUCUGCUGCCACACAGGGGUGGACGACGGCGCCGACAUCCCCCGGGAGAUGGUGGGCGGGAUCUACGAGAGGAUCCAGCAGAGAGAGCUGCGCUCCAACGACGACCACGUCACCUACGUCAGCCGCGUGGAGCAGUCCAUCCUGGGUCUGAAGACCAUCCUGGCCGUGCCUCACAGGCGCCUGGUGUGCUGCUGUCGCCUGUUUGAGGUCCCGGACGCCAACAAGCCUCAUAAACAGAAGCUGUCCCAGCUCCAGAGAGAGGUGUUCCUCUUCAAUGACCUGCUGUUGAUCCUGAAGCUGUGUCCUAAGAAGAAGAGUUCAGCCUCCUACACCUUCUGCAAGGCCAUGGGCCUGCUUGGCAUGCAGUUCCACCUCUUCAGCAACGAGUACUACGCCCACGGGAUCACCAUGCUGAGCCCCUUCACCUCGGAGAAGAAGCAGCUGGUGAGCUUCUGCUCGCCCAGCGGAGAGGAGCUCCGGAGGUUCGCAGAGGAGCUCCGGGAGUCGAUCACCGAGGUCAACGAGAUGGAGCAGAUCCACAUCCAAUGGGAGAUGGACCGACAGCAGGGCAUCCAGCUGCACACCGCACACUCCAACGGGGGCCAAGUGGACGCGCAUGCGGCUCUAGUCCAACAGGAUGUGACAGGAAAUAACAACACAGUAGAGGUGUCAAUUCACAACAGGCUGCAGACAUACCAACUGAGCCAGCCCAGCGUUGAGUCCACCGCGCUGGCGCUGGCCCCGCCCCCGGCCCUGCUUGGCCCCGCCCAGCCCGGGGAGCUCCGCCCCGAGACCCUGAUCCAGUGCCAGCAGAUCGUCAAGGUGAUCGUGGUGGACCAGAGCGGGCGGGGCCGGAUGGAGGCCUUCCUGAGCCAGACGCCCGCGUCCCACCGCCUCGUCCAGUCCGCCAUGUCCACCCCGGUGCGCGUCCGCGACACGGGGGACGGCCCCCAGCCGCCGCUGCCCCCGCCGCCGCCGCCCUACAACCACCCCCACCAGUUCUGCCCCCCCGACUCGCCCACGCCCCUGCACCACACGCUGCCCUUCAGCCGCCGCCGCAACUCCAGCGGCUCCCGCAGCAUCGUCUGAACGCACGGGGGGGGGGGGGG